AGAACCUGUGUUUCAUCAGUAGAAAGGUCCGAAAAAGGCCAAGUUUCCCUUUGCAGCCAGCUUUAAUGAAUGAUGUUGGUAGAGCAAAGUUUUUAUAGGGAGAUUCAAAAUGGUGAGGAAUGAGAGCCAUCCAUUGCACAUUUAAAAUGGGCAGGCCUUACCAUAAAAUUGAGGCCUCGAAAGAGUCUAAGAAGAAGACCAUUUCAGCCCAUUUUAAGUACUCGGAUUGCUUUUGCUUUAGAUAAAAUCUCGCAACGCCAAAAUUUACAGAGAAUAUAAGUCAGAGAGAGAAUUAGCCGGAGUUAGAGAGAGUGAAACAAAAUGAGUAUCAGCUGCACGUUGAAGGUGGUUCCGAUUGUGCUUCUGUUGGUACUUUUCGCAUUAGCGAAUGCCAAGAAAUCAGCUGAUGUGACCGAGCUGCAGAUCGGCGUCAAAUAUAAGCCUCCAUCAUGUGAAUUCCAGGCUCAUAAAGGUGAUAGAGUAAAAGUGCACUAUCGGGGGAAGCUCACUGAUGGAAAGGUUUUCGAUUCCAGUUUUGAAAGAGGUGAUCCCAUUGAGUUUGAGCUUGGUAGUGGACAAGUAAUCAAAGGAUGGGACCAAGGAUUGCUGGGGAUGUGCGUUGGUGAGAAGCGCAAAUUGAAAAUACCUGCUAAGCUUGGAUAUGGUGAACAGGGUUCACCACCCACCAUCCCAGGUGGAGCAACGCUAAUAUUUGACACAGAGCUUGUUUCAGUCAAUGGGAAGCCAUCGAGUGGGGAGGAUACAAGUGAAGAUGAGCUAUAGUUGCUUUGCUCAUUAGCGUUAACUUUUUUUAUAUUUUACUACGCUUGUUUUCCAUUAAAAAACGCUAUUAUGACGGCGUAACCUCAACAGGCCUUCUGUCUAGGAUUCAGAUAAUAUUUUUGGGGGUUUCUUUUUUUCCACAAGGAAAACUAUCUGUUUGUUACGAUGUUGGAGAAACGUUCUUUUUGGAUGGUUCCUCCUUUGAUUAUUAUUAUAUGUGGGCAGAUAAGGUGAAUUCAACUGUCGAAUUAAAACUUGAUAAAA